AUUUAUUUUUCUCCCCUCCAGAUGUAAAGCAAGCUUGUAUUUUCUGAAAUGGCAACAAUCUGCCAAACGCACGGAGGGGAGCUCAACCAGUGUCACCUGCGCAGUAUAGGCCGCAAAGCUUCUGUCUUUGGUGUUGCAGAGGUUAUCCAUUUUUAUAAGGCAGUUACCCUGAUUGGAAGAAACAAAGAUGUUGUGGACUAUUUCAUCAGUUGUCCAGUUUCAGAGAGAAGAGAUUACAUUUCCCGGACUCAUGCCAGAGUGAUUCGAACCAAUGAUACUUACAGACUUGUGGAUUCCAGUUUGACAGGCGUUUAUGUGAAUGAUGUUAGAAUCAAUGGUACAAUUAGCUUGCAGGAAGGAGAUACUGUGACCUUUGGACAUCCUGCAGGGAAUGGUAUCAGGUCUGGAACACAAGUUCGUCAGCCAAAUUCAGAAUUUUACUUUCUGUUUGAACAUUGUUACUGUAGAAUUGAACAGCUGCAAAGUGCAUGUGGAGAGAUGAGGAAUUCGCUACCACAGAUUCAGUUACCGCUGUUGACAUCUCCUGAAGUACCACCAGUGUACAAUGCAGGUCUGGUCUUCAAGAACAACGUUGGCCUUCCUGUUAUAUCGCAGCUGGCAUGGACUUCUCAAGUAGUCCCAAAUAGUGGAGCUCUGUCUAAAUCUAGCACACACUGUGGUGAUAUGCAGCCUCCCACAGUCACUGUGACUCUGCCAUUAACAUCAGCUGGCUCAGUACUGUCUUCAGUGAAGUCUUCUCUUUGUACAAAUUCUGUUAAUGUGACUUCAAACAAAUUAGAAAUGCCUGCAACAUCUACAUCAGCUGCAACAGCAGAUACUUCUUUGGAAGACUACACUAGACCUAAUUCUCAGAUUGUACGUUCUUCUUCACCUGAAUAUGUCCAUCAGAAGGGUUCAGCAGUCACCACAGAGCCUUCUCAACAAAGAGUCUUUGAAAUUGCACAGUCAUCUUUGUUUCGGGAAAAUGCUGCAAGGACCGCAGAACUGGCUAAUUCUGACUUUCUCUGCGUGAAACCAAGCGGAGCUCAACCAUGCACAUUAGGAAGCAUGUCAAAGUUUUACAGACCAUUCCUGGAUGAGAGACGAGACAGUGGUGAAACAGAAACACAACCUCCUGUAACUUGUUAUAAUCUGGAACCUUCACCACCUUUUCCUCACUCAAGAGAUGCUGUAGAGACACAUGACAGUGACCCGAGUGGAAAAGCAAUUGUCAGAGCUAGUCUUUCUGAUAACAGUCUAGAUCUUUCAGACUCUUUUCCAGUAGAAAGUGGAAGCAACCUUGAUUCCAAGCCACUGGUUCCUGUAGCUGAUAAGUCAGUGCUUGGAAGUUGUGCAAACUCUGACGACGAUGAUGUAGUGAUGGAGAUCAAUGUUAUUAACAGCACUGAAGAAACAGCUAAACAUGAAACUUCUAGGCAUUCAGAGCCUUGUAUUCAAAUGCAAGUCACAGAAGUGAUAAAUGAAGCUAUGAAAAAUGUUCAAGUGCCAUCAGUCAGUGAUUAUAAGGCAAAUUUAAUGGAAAAGGAAAGAUCAACAGAAGAACAGAAUAGGUAUUCAUUGGAGCAGCAUAUUGUUGAUGCUUGUGUACAUGAAACUCCAUGUGUGGCUGUAUCUGUUACUGGAGAUGAAACUUGUGAAUCCCAUUCAAAGAAAAAGGGUCGUCUUCAUGUAAAUAGCUUGUCAGAGUCGGUUAUUGUUGAAGUAGAAAACUGUUCAGAAAACAGUGACUGUAUGGCAAUAAGCAUUGUCCCAGAAGACAUUACUUUGGGUAAAGAUCUAGAUGGUGGGUCUCCUGCAAAAGAAGUGGUGAGUCCAAAGAAACUAAUGAAUGCAGAUGGUAAAACCUGUGUAGAAGAGUUGGAUUUGCCUUCUGAAACUGCUAUGACCAUAGACAGAAUUCGGGAAGUAAACAUAUCAUUUGUGCCAGACUUAGAACUUCCACAUAGUGUUUGGCAUUCUGAGAUGAAAAAUGAGAUCUGCAAAGAUGAGCUGACUUCAGUUAUAAAGCAAAACAGCCUUAUGUCAAAUGAGGAAGCAAUAAAAGAAAGUAGUGAUAUUGUAGAAUGUGAAAGUUGUUCCUUGGCUGACAGAGAAAUGGAAACUUUAAAUACCACCUUACAUAUGGAAACUCAGAAGCCUGAAACUACUUCGGACAUUCAAGAAGGAGCUGAACCUAACACUGAUAAAAUCAUUACGAUAUCAAACAGAGAAGUGAGAGAAAUACAUAGAGAUCAUGUUUUUGAGGACAAGUUGCAAAACGCUUUAGACCAGGAGUAUAUGCUUUCAGACACUGGAAUAAGUAACCUAGAACAUCAGAACUCUUCUGAUGCUCAUAAAAUUCUGACAAUGUGUGCAGCAAAAGAAAUGUCCGGUUCUGAGUGUAAUAUUGGUUCUGCUAAAUCCCAAAAAAAUGAGGAUGACAAUGUCAUUGGGGUUGCCUUAUUCCAGAGCUGUGUUACAGAACAAGUUGUCUCUAGAGCCAGUGGAACAAAGAUGGUCCAGUGUCUGGAUAUGCUUCAUUCAGAAGAGGAAGAAUCAUCAAUGGAUUCUCAUGUGGCACUGGAUGGGCUUGUAACAAAGAUACUUCAAAACAAUCCAGAUCUCACAGCACCAGAGAACCUGCCCUUGUGUACACAGAAUAUCUCAGACUAUCAUGUACAUUCUCCUUCUAAACACCAUAUCCUCUCUCAAGGUAAAUACUUGGAAGAUAUAACUUAUUCUCCCUGUAAUUGUGUGCCGUCUUCCUCUGGCUCUUUGCACAGUGAGAACUCACCUCACAAACCAGCUCCAAAGGAAGAGGAAUUAAGUAAUUCAGGGGCAGUUGUCAAACCUUUGAGUAGAACAUUUUGCAGUUUGCAGGCCACAGCAAUAGAAAUUACUUCUCCUGAGUAUCCUUGCACGUAUGAAGACUCUGGAGCUCUUACAUCUGUCACGAGGUCCAUCAGUGAAACAAUGAGCCAGGGAACAAACAUCCAGCCAUUGUCUCAGAAUGAAACUGAAACUUCUGUGAAACAGAAUGCAUGCAAUAAGGCAAAUAUUUCUCAUGCCACUGUGUGUAUAGAGUCUGAAGGCUUUCAGUCAGACCAUGUAUGUAUGACUACAUCCGUAUCUACAAAAGGUGUGCCACAGGAGGUUAGUGAUUUUGGUUUCAAUAAAUUACAUUUGGAAGUAAGUGCUUCUGAAGCGGAUGAAGAGCAAACAGAUAUGAAUGUAAAUUCCAUCUCUUUAACAAUGGAUAGUCCUGUUAGAUACGGAGACAAAGAUGAGAGUGAAAUAAAGAUGGAUUCCAUGGAUACAGAGACGAGAAUAUCUUCAGUUACAGAUUGUGUUGAAAUAUCAUAUGCAGAAGUGGAAACUCAAACUAGGCAAAUAAAUGAGAGGGCCAUAAACUUACUGGCUACAAAACCUUCAGUAAAUGGAAACAAAAAUAGUGUGUCAAACACUAGUAUCUGCGAGGAAGAAGUAAAUAUGUCUGUGGACACACAUUUGAGUCUUCAGCAAUUUUCAGAGGCAUAUGAAAGAACUAUGCUGUUUGACAAUGCAAGUAAAAAUUCCUGGAGAGAGUUCUCUAAACAGAUGGAGAUAGAUUCCAAAGCAAAGGAAAAGCUGUCUUCAGAAACACGGAUAGAAACCUUUGAUGGAAAAACAAUAUUUGUAGCUUCGUGUUCUCCAAAUAAAGUGACAUUUUUGGAAAACACAGAGAAAUUGGUGGAAGCAAUUAAUCCUGAGUCACCGAUUAAUGUAGGUGAAAAAUUUCUUGAUCGGUGUCUUCUACAGAAGAGUGACUGUACUUUGGAGAGAAAGAGGUCUCCAGGGAAAGAAGACAAGUCAGAUGUCUCCGUGUUUUCUUCCAGUUCUCUUUCAACCACUAACACCAGAUGUAUUAAAACAGUUGAAAUCCUUGUCAGACAUACUUUGGAUUCCACUCUUACUGAUAACAAUGAGAUGCAUGAUACCGAUUACCAGGAACUGAAAACAGCUUGCUUAGUAGUGGAUGAUACAGCAUCAGGGGAGAAGCAGUUUGAUCAGUCAGCUAGUAUUGAAAAUACAUUUUAUAAAAAGACAGAUGAAGAUGGUAUCGAAAGCAAAGAGAUAAUGAAAAUACCUGGAGAGAGACAUGACUCAGGAACAGCCAUUAAUGGUAGCGUAUUUGAAGAACAGAAAAAUAUAGAAAACAAAGGUAUAGAUAAAGAGAUGGAGAUUAUGGCAAAUGUGCGUGUUAGGCAAACAAAUCUUAAUCACAGCAGCGUUACAAAAGUACCCACAAACAGGCUGGAAGGGAAUACAGCAUAUUACUCUUCAGAAUUAGAGGGAGGAAUAGCAAAUGAUCUUUCUCCAUUAUGCUUAUCCAAACAGACUUCUCUAGUAGCAGAAAGAAGCUCUGACUUUAAUGAUUAUUCCUGUUCACAAACACAGUCCCCUUACUAUGUGAAUAAAAGGGACAUGGGAAACUAUCCAGAACCUGUAAAUGACUACAUCUUGCCCCAGCAGGACACCAGGAAUGAAGAAGGUAUGAAGUUGAAUGAUGAAAAUACAGGUGAGACAGUAAACUGUAAAUGGAGUGUAAAAUCAGUUACACUGGAAAAAGAUAAUGCUGAUACACAUUUUAGUGAGCUUGAUUUGGGAACAUUGAAUAAUUACCAAGAGGAUAAUGAGAACUCUUCUGUUAGCGCUGCCCAUUUGGAAUUACGACAGCAGUCUAGUGCAUUUCAUGACCAGCAGGAGACUGAUUCCUAUGCUGUGGAGUCCCAGCAUUUGGAAAGUAACAUAGAUCUGAAAUCCAAAGAGGAUCCUGUGAAACAACCACUUUAUCCAGAGGACUUUGUCAUAGACAGUGAUUUGAAGAAGCUAUGUGAACAAAAUAUGACUACUGAAAUCUUGACACCAAUUGGUUUGGAAAGGAGUAAUCAAAAAAGUAUAUGCCAAGAGGAAGGUGGAAUCAAACUGCAAACUACACAACUAUGCAAUGUAGACAAAAAUGAUCUUGCAGUCGGGAUGCAGGCUAUUGCAUUUGGAAAGCCUGAAUCUGCCAAAAAAAAUAUAGCUGAAAACCACCUUAGGGAAAUUGAAAAUGACCCUACAGACGGGUCUGAGUUAUUCAGUGCAGAGGAGCUUAAUUUAUAUAUCUCAGAUUCUGAAGUUGAAAAGGAAAAGGAAGAAAACAAUAGCACAAGAAUGAAAAAUACAGUUGAAAUGCAGCAUGAUAGAUGCAAAAUCCUGAAGGAGAAGGAUACUAUCAUCUCUGAUCCAAACAGUGUUUCUGGCAGCAUUAUUCUGCAAGCUGACCUGGACUGCAAACCAAAUGAAGAUCAGCUUGACAGAGUGAUUGAAACAGCUGAUCUCAAAUCAAUGAUAGGUACAGAAAAGUCAACAGAUAUGCGUUUGGAGGGAAAAUGCUAUUCUCUUUGCAAUGCAGAAUAUGAUCCAAGUGAACUUAGAAUUGCUGGACCUGAAAAUUGUAGCACAGGUGGAAUGGAAGCAGUGAAAGGCAAUGCAGAGAUUGGUUUGAAUAAGGGAGAUGCAGGUUGUUCAGAUGAACAUGUAGGAAAUGCUGAUUCUAAUUCUAUCCAAGCUGGAAAAAAUCUAGAGGAGAAUCCGGAGCCUGAGUAUAGCUUGCUUAAUGGUUGCAUUCAAGAACUAGAGGUGGGGACACUAGCUGCCCCUCUUGGAGCCCUAAAAACUGUUAAAGACUCUCCAGUAAAUGAAAUGCUGACAAGCCUUUGUGCAGAAAAAGACAAAUUUAAUCAGAAAACAGAAACAAAUGAACUAGUAUAUAUGCAGCAAGAAAGCAAAGACUCUGAACCCCUAAAAUCCCAAGCAAAGAUACACCAACCCAUAGGAUGUGCAGACUUUUCUGAAGGCAGUAAUGAAGAUUUAACUGUUUCAGAGUCUAACUUUAUGAACAGAGUGGAAUCUCAUAAAGAGGAGAAUAAAGAUUCUCAGAAUAAAGAGGCAAACAAAAAUAAUUCUUUCAGAACACUAAAAAGACACAUGAGUAGAAAUGAAUAUUCUGGAACUUCAGUUUCUGAAGAUGAGCAGUGCUCCCAAAAGAGAAACUGCCCUUUGGGGUCUCUUUCCAUGCAGGAGUCUGUAUCUGACCUACCCAGUCCUAAUGUAACCUUGUUUUCCAUUCCCACUGAUUUGAAGGAGUGUCAUGAUCAGUUUAUUAGCAGUAGUGUUAAGCAGUUCUUUAAAAAAUACCCCAUUCUUCAAACAGCUCAGCAUCUUGAUGAAAUGGAGAAGGAAAAUAGUAAAAAUAUUGCCCAGUUGGUGAGAGAAUUUUUUAAAAAAACAAAUGACUCUGAGAACUUGGUAAAUGAAAAUACAAAACCUGAAAGGUUUGUGCCAUCCAUUGAAAGUAAAGUAGAAGAAGACACUGACUGUAAAUCUAUAAGUGAAGUAGACUGUGAAAGGAGAGAUGGAAGUGGUUUAUUUCUAUUUUCAAGUAUUGAACCUCAGAUAAAUGGAAAACAGUCAGUUAAAUUAAUAUCUGAGUCCCAGAGUCUCCCCUUUGACAGUCAGUUUGGGUUUACUGAACUUGCUGCCAGUUCAGAAGAUUCAUGGACUGAUGUACUAGAAAAAGAUGUGGUAAGUAAAAUUCCAGAAAGCCCAAGUGCAGAUUCCCUGUCUGAAGAGGAACAGUUUCAGUCUAGUGUCUGUUUAGCAUUAGAUAAUCUAUAUACUUCCGCUAAAUCUCCCCUGAAAUUUCCUGAUACAGAUUCUGAAAAGAGCACCAAAAUCAAAGAUUUGGACUUCAUGUUCUCUGACAUAUCGAAUAGCUCUGUUGAAAGUGAGCAUCAUCAACUUACCCGAAAACUAACUAGCUGUAGUUCUAGUGGAACAGGUGAUGGGCUCCAUGAAGGUAUUUGCAGUGACAGUUGCAAAGCAGCAGGUCUUGACACACAGUCAGGUUUUUCAUGCAACUCCUUAGAAGCUUCAGCUGUGUAUUGGAGUGAUGAAGACACAAAUAUAACUUCAGAUCUCAUUGAAACAUCUAGAGAGAGCAGACAGUGUGUUAUAAGUAACUUGCCACAGCAGUUGGAGUCAGAAGACCAUGUUGAAAGCAUCAAAGACAAAAAUUACAUGCCAGUACUGCACCGGGCUGAGAGAACACUUGAUGGUAUCAAAACACCCAAUAUAGAAGACUUAUCAGUUCCUGCAUUCUGUGUGAAUUCAAUAACUGGGGGUGUUUCUAGUUCACAGAAUAUCAUCUUGAAGGUAGAAAGUGAUGCAGACCAACAUGAAGUCCCUGAAUUUGAUGGUCACAACAACACACAAAACAGUGAAAUCUCCUGUCUUCAAACAAAAUCUGUAUGCUCUCCCUGCAAAGAUUUAACACCUUCAGCCACAAUGGAUUGGAACACUAACUCACCUAUACAAGAACAAAUUACAUCCCAUGUAAGACUAGGCAUUAAUUCCCACACGCAGUUAAAAAGAGAGCUUUCUCAUGAGGAGCAUAGUGAUAGUGGUAACAGAAACAGCAUUUCCCCUCCAUCCAAAAUGUGUCCCCCUGAUGUUGUUGCAAUUUCUUCAGAGUCUGCUAUUGAGGAACCAGCACCAAAUCAAAAGGAAAUUGGCUCUCCUGAUGCUUCAGGAUCAUGCAGCACUUCUCAGACACAUCUUACUGAGCAUCUUACCCAAACGCCAUCUAAGCCUGAAGCCAAACACUCUUUAUCACUGAAGAAGCUGAAAAGUUCAUAUGUAUCCAUCCCUCCUUCUGCAGUUGAAGUGAGCAGUGCUUCUCAAAAGGCUGUAGAUAGUAAUGUAAGCAGAUGUCUUCAGAGCUCUUAUUUCAACAGUCAGUUGGAACUUUCUUCCUCUAAGUUUCCUCCUCCUGAGGCAAGUGAUUCCGCUGAGGUGAUUAAUAGCCACCAUGAGAGAACUGACAAAGAGGAGGACUUUGCUGAAGAUAACCAGCAUGGAGGCCAGCAAAACCAGAACGGGCAAACUAACCUAUAUGAUUACAUGGAUGGAAGAGUUACUUUGGAGCCUUGUAUUGCAGUGGGAUCGAAAGAACCCAGUGACUUACAGACUACUAAUGAUUUUAGUAGUACGAGCAGUAUGCCAAAACUAGAAGGUUUGGAUUUGUCUAGGUCAACAUUGAACAGUUUAGCUUGUGAACCUGCUACCUUUCCUGGUUUCAAAGAAGAAAAUCUGCAGUGUUCUCUGCACGUACAGAUGCCUUCUGACACUUCUGAUAAUUGCAGGUUGGACUUCAAGGAGUAUCCCACAACUUUCUCUCCAGUAAUCUCAACUUUGCACAAAUGUGGUGCCUCAGAGACUUCAGUAAGCUCUCUGCCAGACCAUUUGUUUCAACCAAUGUCUAUGGCAAAUCUUCAGAUUCAAGGCAGGGUCCUCUCGGCUUGUACGUUUAGCCAACCAGCUUCAGAACAUGUUUACUCUUCGGAUGAAGAAGCUUCCUGUCAUUCUGAGGAUUUAGGUGAAGAUAUGAAAGAAUUCCCAUCCAUGUCUACAGAGAGUUCAAGUGCGAUUGGCCUCUUGUCUGAAACCAAAAAUUUGGGCAGUCUCUCUGAUGCUGAAAAUUCUGCUCACAAAGCAAGUUCCAGUAAUACAAAUAUAAUGGAGAGUGAGCUUCAGAAAGCCUGGGCUUUAUCAGAGGGAGACAUUGAGUUCCAGUUGAGUCAAUGUCAAACUGUGCUUGAUGACAUUUCCCAGACUCUGUGUGCUGUGGAGGGCAUUGAUAAAGUGCACAUGGAGGAAUGGAGAGAACAGAUUGAAAAGUUGCAGAAAGAUACAAAAAUGCCAAAGACCUACAUUGCAGUGGUGGGGAACACCGGGGCAGGGAAAAGCAGCUUGUUAAAUGCCUUGCUGGAUGAGGAAGCUGUGCUGCCUACAUCUGCCAUGAGAGCUUGCACUGCUGUGGUGGUGGAGAUCUCCAAGACCGGUGGGAAGAGUCUAUAUGAAGCAGAUGUGGAGUUUCUUUCUAAAGAAGAGUGGGAUAAUGAGCUGAAAGCUCUCCUAGAAGACAUGAAAGACAAAUCUGGUAACUUAAAGAAACGAUGCCCAGAUCGCAAGACUGAAGCUGGUGCUGCCUAUAGUCGUGUGAAAGCUGUAUAUGGAACGAUAGCAGAACUUCCAAAGCUGAAGGAGAUGAAGGAGGUGACUCAGCAUCUUGGGACAGUAAAGCACAUCUCUGCAGAGAAGGCAGCAGAUUUUCGCACAAAAAUAGAGAAAUUCAUUGACUCUCGGACUGAUAACUUACGCGACAUGAAAGGUGGAGAAUUUUGGCCCAUUGUUAAAUGUGUCAAAAUCCGUGUUCCCGGUGCUAAUGUCUUGAAGACUGGGGCAGUGCUGGUGGAUUUGCCUGGAAUACGAGAUUCCAAUGCUGCCAGGGAUAAUGCUGCCAAAGAGUAUUUAAAAAACUGCAAUGCAGUAUGGGUAGUAGCCAGCAUCACCAGAGCUGUGGAUGACAAGACUGCCAAAGAGAUGCUGAGUGCAAACCUGCGGAGGCAGCUGCUCAUGGAUGGCCAAUAUGGGAGUUUAGCUUUUGUUUGUACGAAGACUGACAGCUUUAAUGUUACAGAAAUAAUGAGUGACCUGGAUUUAAGAGAUGAAAUCCAGCCCAUGGAAAAGUCACUGGAAGAGCUGGAAAAUCAGCGGGUGCAAAUGGAAAUGGAGAAGGACACACUUUAUACUCAGCUCCAGCAAGAGCAGCAACGGAAAGGACCUGGUGCAGAAAAUCCAGCCUCAUUCCAGAAAGAAAAUGACCUUAGGAAGAAAAUCCUAGAGAAGGAAUUCAGAAUUAGUAAAUUGCAGAGAGAGAAAGAUAUGAAGCUUCGUGACAUUAGUCUGAUCUGUGUUCAGUCCCGAAAUAGAUUUUCCAAACAGCGGAUUUGGGUGGAUUUCAACAACGGCCUUCAGGAAAUGAGAAGGAAAGCAGCAUAUGAUGAAGAUGAGGAAGAAGAGGAGACUGAGGAUGAAGAGUUAACUACUUCAGACACAAGUGACCCUGGUGAAGUUGAAUCCCAGCAUGGGAAACUUCUGGUUUUCACUGUCAGCUCUACAGAAUAUCUAAAAUUGCAUGGAAAACUGCUCCGAGAUGGGCAGCCGCAAGUCUUCCACAAUGAGGAGGAUACAGAAAUCCCAGCUCUGAAGAAGUUUGCCAUUCACACUGCCUUGCAGCAUAGCAUGGUGGCAACAGAGAAGGUGAUCAGAAAUGUGGCUCGUAUCAUAAGUCAAGUGGUCAAUUAUCUGACCAAUCAAAGAGCAGAGGACAAUUCUCACCGGGCCCAGGUUCAAGAAAUCGUGCAGGAGUGCCUGUCGAGACUACACACGCACCUUCAGGAGGCCAUGGAAGACAGCCUCCAUGACAUCAAGUACUAUUUUUCUGUCCUCAUUCUCGCCAGCCUAAAGAAAGGAGCCAGAAGGGCAGAAGAGCUGUGUGAAGACAAAGUCAGAAGUUGGGGUUUACCUGUUAUUGGAUACCCCUAUGCUACCUAUCGAGCUGUGUGUGCUCGACAAGGUGUCUACAGCUCUGGAGCAUGUGGGUUUGUUGAUUUCAAUGAGCAACUCACAGAGCCAAUAUCCAGUGCAAUCUCCAUGACAUGGAAUGACGUCUUCAGUUGUAGAUUGGGGGAGUCCAUCAAACAGUUCAGCAAAGCCAUCUUAGAUAAAUUGAAAUACUUCUUCAGAGAUCUCACGAACAAGCUCCAGGAAAAAGGCAGAAACACAGAGCCAGUAAGCGUCAUUCAGAGGCAUCAAAUGGAAGCUGUCCAGGCUUUGUUGUGUAACUUUCUUCUGGAUCAGACUGAGUACAUCAAUAAAAGGCAGCGUGGUAUAUCCCGUGUCCUGACACCAGAAAUACAGGCUAGCAUGAAACCAAUAUAUGCAGUUUGUAGCCAACUGAAUGGUCCUGGCUGUUUCCAGAGAAUGAAAGAUCUUAUGCAGAGGCUCGUCCACAAUCAGAAGGAGACCAUGUUUAGCUGUGUCACUGAUAAGUUACGGCACCAGCUUGACCUGCUCCAGAUCUACAUCGGUGGUAGUUUUGAGAGCUUGGUUCAGGAGCUGACUAAAUCCUUGACUCUGCAGUUUGAACCAAUGCUGAAGCUUAUCCAGAAAAAUGAUGGAAUUAUUCCAGAUUUAGUGAACAUCUGUGCCAAAGUCAGCAAGAUUUGUAAAAUAUCUCGUGUAGAUUAUGUUCUUCCCAACCUCAACCUGACAGAGAGCUGUUCUGUACCUUCUUCUCCUGGGAGAGAGCUGCCAUUAAAGAGGGAGCUGCAGGAAGGCUUGGAUCCCCAAAACUUCUUGGGAAAGUGCAAUAUCAUCCACAUUGGGACUGUAUCACUUUCUCACAUUAAUCCCAUUCAGAUAUCUGCACAAGAAAUCACUAUCACUAUGACAGAUCAUACCACCAUGACUCUUCCGUUCAGCAGCGUGUACCUUUGCGAAUGUUGCUUCCACCUGUAUUAUUUGAUCCUUCAUCUCUCUCCUGAGUUUGCCAAGAACAUUUACUCCAGAUUGGGAGCCCAGGCAUUAAACCCAAACCUAGGUAACCAGGAGGUGCUCAUUAUCCUGGACAAGCCCCAGGACCCGUCAUCUUUCCAUAGCUUGGUAGAAUUCAUAUCGGCAAGACAUGGGGGCAUACCUUGGUUCCGGGAACUAAAUCUGCAGCAGGGAAGAGAGAAAUUGGAAUCGCUGGGAGUGUAUUACACUGUCAAAGUGAGCCAUCAUGAGUUCUGCAUGUUAGAGGACUUAAAAUAUGAUGAUGAAGAAAAGACUCUUGAAGUCUCACCUUCCAGUUCGCCAUCAGAUCAACCAACCGUCUUCACCCUUGCACAGCAGCCCCAGCUCCCUGGCAUGAAGUUGUAUCCAUACGGCAGAAAGAGAGGAGGAGGAGAGAUCCAGUCACAGUGGGAGAAGAAGCACAAAGGCAAAACUAUAGAACAAAGCCCAGAAGCGGAGCCUGCUGCGUUCCAUCUACCAAGCCAACACAUUCCUGGCGGACUGGUGGUCUCAGCCAGACAGUCCAUGGCAAGUCACCCGCAGAACGCAAGCAGAGAGUGUGCACCUGCGUUUUACGAGUGGAAUACAACCUCCUUUCCAGGAACGUCCGUGUCUGAGGCACCAUCCAGCUCUCAUGUAACUGUGAAGGUUGAAAGUGAUCUGUUUACCAUUCCAAGUGCAGCAGGUAACCUUCAUGUCGGAGCCAAAGAGGGUGUUUGGGGAAAGUGGCAAAAUCCAAAUGCUCAGGAAGACAACAGUUCUGAUGUGGAUAAAAUGGAGACCAAUGGAAACACGCACACUGCAAAAGAUUCAUGGAGUCCACACUAGUUUGUUAUAAUUCAAAGUCUGUUACCUGACUUGUAUACACACAACACGCAAUAUAUGUACGUACAUCAUCAGUACCAAAAGGCUGUAGAAAUAGACUCCUUCCUGUUGAAAAAUUAUUCUGAAACUGAUUGUCAUGUAAUCUUACACUGAUAAUUUAACACGAUUGACUGAGUGAAUUCUGGGCACUGUCUCUGAAGUAGCCUGCUGCAUCAGUGCCUCUUUUCAGAAUGGAGGAGUUUGCAUACAAUAGCACAGCUGAAAUAUCCGUUUGGACAAUGGUUGGCUGUUUCUUGAAAGAGAAAUGAAGUGAGUCAGCUACAUGCAGAAAUGACAUACAUGGGACUCCCCCUUUGCUAAGACACUUGACUCUAGAGUGUAGCCAACAACUCUCUGCCAGUGAAAGCCACAUUGGUAAAGAAAAACUUAGAGUAACAGGCAAAGACUCAUCCAAAAUGCAUAGAGUCAAAUACUAAGACUCUGUAGCCUACAUAUUAAUCCAAAGCAAUAGAGCAUAGACCCACUGAUUUUUGGAAAGGAAAACAGAUUAUGAUUUGAUGAACAGAAAACUUCUGCAACAAUAAAGAACAGCUUCUUGUUGUUCCUUGUAAAUUGAGGGGAUGGAUGAUGUCCAAAUUGAGCUAGGAUGGUGCUGGAGAAUCAGCUUAUCCUGCCUGUUAAGGAGCUUUUCAAAUACAGACAGGUUGUGCUCGAAGUUCAGCAGAAGUGGAAAGAAAGUAGGAAAGGUCUAACCUGAAAAGAUAAUGUGUUUUGUUUACUUGGGGGGUUAUGCUAAUCUGCAUUAAAACCUCUCCCUCUCCCUGGCCUUCUGGUGAGGUGUAACCAAAACUUCCAUCUGGUGAGAGCGAGUUCUUGGAGUUACUGUGUGUCAAGUGUGAGAAAUUGCCGAGUUUUGUGUCCCAUAAGGACAUUGUUUCUGAGAGAACCUGAAGUCGGACUAUACUUUUCUGUAUCAUAAAGCCCUGCAGUGUUAUAGUGGCAGUGGAUGCAAGUGGGGCUUGAUCCACAGCCCACUGAAAUCAAGUAGAGACUCUCAAUGAUUUCAGUAAUCUUUGGAGCAGGUCUCAAUGAAGAUGAGAAUUUUGUUGAAGAGGAAUCUGUGCAGUACAGUUAAAUCUUCCUGGAUUAACUGUUCAAUUUUGCUUUCUCUAAAUAUUCCCAAUUCUGAUUAGGUUCAUAAUGGAGUCUUUGCUGAACAGAGCAAUGGAGCACAAUGAUCUGUUUAAUAGUAUUGCCCCCACCCUUUGUGUUUAGUUCACUGUCUUGUUUCUCCUUUUUAAUGUGUUUCCAUCCUUUCCCUGCAAUGCUACGUCGCUGCAGGAUGAGUAGUGCAGCCUGCUGCUAAAUUUGCAAGUGCUGUAAGAAUUUUUAUGCUGUUGGGCAGGGUUGUUUUUUAACUGAAUGCAGUAUGCUUUGAGGUAAAGCAGAUAAACUGCUAGGAUGUCAGAGACCUAGCCUGACUGAAAGUGUCUCUCGGUGCAUCACUUCAGCUGACAAACUGUUUUUGCCUUAUACCAAUAUGGUGUUUUCUAGCAUUGCUUGAAUCAUGCAUUGUAUUUGUGCCUUUUUGUAUUUAUAAAAUAAAAAUACUUGAUAUUCUUCCAAAAAAAAA